GUGGAGUCUAUCCUGGAGGUCAUUGAACCCGCGAAUUUUUCCGGUCUCUAGUUAUUAAAAACGAAACACAAAACACUUGUACAAUUAUUGGGCACUUUCUCGCGGCUAGAAUGAUUAAAACUUAUAGUAAUUUAAGAAUUAAUAUUCAAACACGGCCAGUUUCGACCGGACUCGGGUCUGCCUCAGGAAUGUCCGGCGCCAUCUUUAUUUCAUGCAAAAUUAAAUAUAAGAUUUAUUAAACAAAACCCUCUCUGCCGAUUUGCAGUGCCACGAAAUGCUUAGGAUAAAAAAUAAAGGUUUAUAGUUUAAUUCAUAAUUAUGUAAGGGGUCGUGGGAGUCUGUGGAGCGCCAUUCAAACACACGUCACGCGGCACUCGUACACUUGCGUGUCAGUGUUGCAGGUGCCAGGAGGAGUGGUUAGGGAUGCCACGGGACCGCAGUGGGAGCGGAGUCGGCCAGGCUUGAAGGGGCAAAACCCCGGUCGACGUCAAGUAUAACUUCUUAUCAUCAUGUCUUUGCCAGAUGCUCUGAAGAAAGUUUUCAGCCACGUGGACGCCAGCAAGGCCAAGUACGUGGCCGCGCUGAAGGAGGCGGUCGCCAUCCAGUCGGUGUCGGCGUGGCCCGCCAAGCGGGACGAGAUCGUGAGGAUGGUCCAGUGGACGGAGCAGAGGCUGCGGGCCCUGGGCGCCGAGGUGGAGCUGUGCGACGUGGGCACGCAGACGCUGGCCGGCGGGGAGGUGCUGCCGCUGCCUCCCGUGCUGCUGGGCUCGCUGGGCCGAGACCCCCGGAAGAAGACGGUGUGCGUGUACGGCCACCUGGACGUCCAGCCGGCGGCGCGGCAGGACGGCUGGCACACGGACCCCUUCACGCUGACGGAGCUGGACGGCAAGCUGUACGGCCGCGGCUCCAGCGACGACAAGGGCCCCGUGCUGGGCUGGCUGCACGCCGUCGAGGCCUUCCAGGCGACACAGCAGGAGCUCCCGGUCAAUGUCAAGUUCUGCCUGGAGGGGAUGGAGGAGUCGGGCAGCGAGGGCCUGGACGAGCUGCUGUACCGCCGCAAGGACUCCUUCUUCCCCGACGUGGACUACGUGUGCAUCUCCGACAACUACUGGCUGGGCACGGAGAAGCCGUGCGUCACCUACGGCCUGCGCGGCGUCUGCUACUUCUGCGUGGAGGUGGAGUGCUCGUGCAAGGACCUGCACAGCGGCGUGUUCGGGGGCACGGUACAUGAAGCCAUGAGUGACCUGAUCUACCUCAUGAACACGCUGGUGGACAAGGAUGGCAAAAUCCUGGUCACUGGGAUGUACGAUGACGUGGAGAAGCUUACGCCGGAGGAGGUCAGUUUGUACAAGGAUAUCGAGUUUGACGUGGAAGCGUACAAGAAAGAUAUCAAAUGCAACAAACUGCCUCAUGGAGAGGACAAGAUCAAGUUGCUGCAGCACCGCUUCCGCUACCCGAGCCUGUCGCUGCACGGCAUCGAGGGGGCGUUCAGCGAGCCGGGCGCCAAGACGGUCAUCCCGGGCAAGGUGACGGGCAAGUUCUCGGUGCGGAUCGUGCCCCGCCAGACCCCGGACCGGGUGGAGAGGCUGGUGGUGGACUACGUGAAGGCGCGCUGGGCCGAGAGGAGCAGCCCCAACUCCAUGAAGGUGUACCUGGGACACGGGGGCCCGUCCUGGGUGUCGGACCCCAACAGCCCCAACUACGUGGCUGCCCGCAAGGCCACCAAGCAGGUGUACGGGGUGGAGCCGGACCUCACGCGGGAAGGAGGCUCCAUUCCCGUCACGCUCACCCUGCAGGAGGUGACGGGCAAGAGCGUGCUGCUGCUGCCCAUGGGGGCCGGCGACGACGGAGCGCACUCGCAGAACGAGAAGCUCAACGUGCGCAACUACAUCGAGGGGACUAAACUGCUUGCAGCGUACCUGUAUGAAGUGUCCAUGCUGUGAGGUUAUGUGGAUCUGUGAUCAAGCAACCUAAUUUAUACUUUGCUACAAAAUAAAGGCCACGUAGAAAAA